UAGUUCCAUGUUUACUUUGACGCACGGUCCGACAAAAUGGCUUCAGUACCACGGUCGUUUUUGUUACUGUCAGUUAUUCCCACAAUACUUAUAUUGUGUGUUGAUUUUGCGUGUUGCAACACUGGCAGAAAGAUUGGUGAUGGACUGGACACAGACUUCAGUGGGUUCUCUGUCCCUCUUGAGCAUUCCUUUGAAGUUGAUGAUGUGUCCCGGUUCCGUAUGCGUGGAGCUCUGCAGUUAAGGGGUGGGAGGGAGACCAGUGUGUCCCUCUCCCAGAGCCAGCUAUCAGAGGAGGACAGGAACACUCUGAAGGAAGUGGCUGCUGUGGAUGGUCUGUACAAAAUCCGAGUGCCCAGAGUGUCUUUGACAGACAGGCAGACAGAGCGCCAGAUGGAUGGCUACCUGACGGCGUUCGUCAGAGCGUGCUCUUUAGUUGAGUCCCACCUCAGCGAUGUCAUCACCCUCCACACUGAUGUCUCUGGCUACCUCAUCGGUGUUUCCAUAGUGACCAUUCCAGGCGCGUGUCGGGGGACAGAGGUGGAGGACGAAGUUGAUCUGGAGGCCUUUAACACUACGCUGACCAUCAUAGCGCCUACCAAUGCACCCCAGCCGGAGACUGCUCUGUUUAUUGAGCGCAUGGACAUAGAACAUGAAAAGAGAGGCAAGCCACAGGAGCAGAAAUCCUUCUUUGCCAAAUAUUGGAUGUACAUUGUUCCCCUCGUUCUCUUCCUGAUGAUGUCAGGAGCUCAGGAUCAGUCCGGGGGUGGAGCAGCUAAUGGAGGAGGCCGAUGAUCACCGUGCCAACAUGAUUUAUGUGGAGCAGUUUCUUCUACUUGUAAAUAGUUAUGUAGAGAAAUGCACACCAUUCAACACACAGUUACACAUAGACUAAUAUGGACAGAUGAGCUAACCUUGAGAACGUAUGUCAUGAACUUCAUUUUUAAUAUUGAAGUGAUGGGAAAAAUAAAAUAUUUAUUACUGUCUGAUUAUGGUAUUGAUAGCCACUAGCCAGUAUGAUGCCGCUGGAUAUGUAUUCAAGAGUGGGGUGGGUGGGGGACGCUGAGUAAAGAGAGAAAUGGGAGUUGUUUUCAGUCUUCUCUACUCCACUAGAUGUCCUCUUUCUCUGCCCAUCCAGAAUGAUGCCUUAUUAAAGAUUCGUUCAACGUUAACGCAAUUCGAUGGAGGAUGACAAAGGGAAAUUGUGAACAUGUCACCAUGGACAAUAUUUGCAGCAUUUUGUUUGUGGUAAUUCUUUAAAGUACAUUGUGUAAUAGCUGUAGACAGUAGUGUAAUAAGGUGUGUUUAGCUAUUGCAGUGUCAGAGAACUGUCAUUCAGAUCACAUACCCUGUCCUGCCAUUAAUCUCUAUUUUAUUGCAUGGCUUGACUGCCACGCAUAUUCAAGCGGGGAAAAAAUAAAACCACAUCAAUGCAGUCAUGCUUCACAGUCCAAUAAUACAGUGUUGCCAGGACACUAUUGAGUUACUGGUUAAGUCCAACCCCUCUCCUCAAAUUUCUUCUCUGAUCUGUUACUCUGUCCCUCGUGAAAAUCAUUCUGCUGUCCAUCUUCUAUUCAAUUCUCUGCCUGGCUCUCUGGUACUGCCUUUACUCCCAUCUCAUCUUUGCUGAAUUCUAAGCCAUAGUGUCACUCUGUCUCAGUGUCUUUACCACCCUUCUGUCUGUCUCUACAACCCUUCUCCCUCUGACUCUACCCUUCUCCUUCUGUCUCUCUACCACUCCUCUCGGUCUCUACCCAUCUCCCAAUUGGUCUCUACCCUUCUCAUUCUCUGUCUGUCUUCCAAUCACACUACUCCUCUCCCUCAUAUUUAUAAGAAUGAGUCAGGCUAGGGGGAUUGUAGAAUGCCAGCAGUAUAGUUUUAGAGACAGAAUGUUCUGGAACCCCUGUGUCAACAUGGCCACCCCUCAUCAGUCACCCUCAACAUUCAUUUGUCUGUUUUUAGUCUAUGUACACAGCUGUGAGGUGUAGCCCCUUAUUUUCAGAGGCUCAGUGUUGAGCUCCAUCGCUUUAGUGUCCUCUGCCCCCCACCCCACAUCACCAGCUACCACUUUGGUCCUACAAACACACAGCAUUAUGUUAGGCUCUGCCCUGAAACCUUUAACCUCAACCUUAUCCCCAUGUUCCUCCCACCUCGCUCUGUUGACUUGAGAAAGGAAGGGAUGAGGCGACGAGGACAGCUGAAGGAAAAAGGAGAGCUUGAAUGGGAGAGAGCGACAAAGUCAUUUGUUAGUAAAAAGAUAUGCCACUGUGUCAGGUGGGAAGGCAUAUGACAGUAGAAAACACUCAAGCAACGUGGGGAAGUUAUAUCAGAAAAAUGUCUGAUUGUCUUCAUUCUAGUGGCAGAACACAGGUACAUGGAAAUAUGAAAUAAAAAUAUAACAAUGUAUGAAUA